UCGCCGGGGCCCGGCGUCGCGUCAGGGCUGGCCGGCGGCGGCGGCGGAGGAGGCGAUGGCAGUGGAUACCGAGUGGGCUUGAAGGGCUCGGACCUGCUCCCUCCCGCGCGACCUCGGGCCCGACCCAGCGCUGCGGUCCCAGCGCGCCCCGCUCCUGCUCGCUCCCCGACCGCUGCCCGGGCGGAGGCGGAGGCCCGGGCUGGCCGUCCUGUUUGCGCCCCGGCUCGGCCCCGGACGGCCCGGCAACUGUGCAAAGAGGAGGCCGAGUCGGUAGUGAAAAGAGAAUCCUGAAGAAUAGGAUCUCAAGAUGAGUAAAAAGCCCCCAAAUCGUCCUGGAAUCACUUUUGAGAUUGGUGCUCGUUUGGAGGCACUGGACUACUUACAAAAAUGGUAUCCAUCACGAAUUGAAAAAAUUGACUAUGAGGAGGGCAAGAUGUUGGUCCAUUUUGAGCGCUGGAGUCAUCGUUAUGAUGAGUGGAUUUACUGGGACAGCAAUAGGUUGCGACCCCUUGAGAGACCUGCCUUGCGAAAAGAAGGGCUGAAGGAUGAGGAAGAUUUCUUUGAUUUUAAAGCCGGAGAAGAAGUUCUGGCUCGUUGGACAGACUGUCGCUAUUACCCUGCCAAGAUUGAGGCGAUUAACAAAGAAGGAACGUUCACAGUUCAGUUUUAUGAUGGAGUAAUUCGUUGUUUAAAGAGAAUGCACAUUAAAGCCAUGCCUGAGGAUGCUAAGGGGCAGGUGAAAUCCCAGCACCCCCUAAGCUGGUGUUGUCCUAUCGACCCAGCUGGAUCGUGUAACCAGUCUAUGGGAAGUGAGGAUUGGAUAGCGUUAGUCAAAGCAGCUGCUGCAGCUGCAGCCAAGAAUAAAACAGGGAACAAACCUCGAACCAGCGCUAACAGCAAUAAAGAUAAAGAGAAAGAUGAGAGAAAAUGGUUUAAAGUACCUUCAAAAAAGGAAGAAACUUCAACUUCUAUAGCCACACCAGAAGUUGAGAAGAAGGAAGAUCUGCCCACAUCUAGCGAAACUUUUGGACUUCAUGUAGAGAACGUUCCAAAGAUGGUCUUUCCACAGCCAGAGAGCACAUUAUCAAACAAGAGGAAAAAUAAUCAAGGCAACUCAUUUCAGGCAAAGAGAGCUCGACUUAACAAGAUUACUGGUUUGUUGGCAUCCAAAGCUGUUGGGGUGGAUGGUGCUGAAAAAAAGGAAGACUACAAUGAAACGGCUCCAAUGCUGGAGCAGGCGAUUUCACCUAAACCUCAAAGUCAGAAAAAAAAUGAAGCUGACAUUAGCAGUUCUGCCAACACUCAGAAACCUGCACUGUUAUCCUCAACUUUGUCUUCAGGGAAGGCUCGCAGCAAGAAAUGCAAACAUGAAUCUGGAGAUUCUUCUGGGUGUAUAAAACCCCCUAAAUCACCACUUUCCCCAGAAUUAAUACAAGUCGAGGAUUUGACGCUUGUAUCUCAGCUUUCUUCUUCAGUGAUUAAUAAAACUAGUCCUCCACAGCCUGUGAACCCCCCUAGACCUUUCAAGCAUAGUGAGCGGAGAAGACGGUCUCAGCGUUUAGCCACCUUGCCCAUGCCUGAUGAUUCUGUAGAAAAGCCUUCUCCUCCCUCUCCAGCCGCUGAUGGGAAAGUAUUCUCCCUCAGUUCUCAAAAUCAGCAAGAGUCUUCAGUACCAGAGGUGCCUGAUGUUGCACAUUUGUCCCUCGAGAAGCUGGGACCCUAUCUCCCUCUCGACCUAAGUCAUGGUUCGGAAGUCACAGCACCGCUAGCCCCAGAUCCCUGUUACCGUAAUGAAUGUCCCCGGGCAGAAAAGGAAGAUACUCAGAUGCUUACACAUCUUUCUUCCAAAGCAGUAACUGAUGGAAGAGGAGCUCCAGCAGCAUCAGGAAUGUCGAAAACAGAAAAAAAAGUGAAAUUGGAAGAAAAAAGCUCAACAGCAUUUGGUAAGAGAAAAGAAAAGGAUAAAGAAAGAAAAGAAAAGCGAGACAAAGAUCACUACAAACCAAAGCAGAAGAAGAAGAAGAAGAAGAAAAAGAAAUCUAAGCAGCAUGACUAUUCAGACUAUGAAGACAGUUCCCUAGAAUUUUUGGAAAGGUGCUCUUCUCCACUAACUCGAUCUUCUGGGAGUUCUCUGGCUCUGCGAAGCAUGUUUACGGAGAAAAAUACAACAUAUCAGUAUCCAAGGGCAAUUUUGUCAGUUGAUCUUAGUGGUGAAAACUUGUCAGAUAUGGAGUUCCUAGACGAUUCUUCGACGGAGAGUUUGCUCCUCAGUGGGGAUGAGUACAAUCAGGACUUUGACUCAACCAAUUUCGAGGAGUCUCAGGAUGAAGAGGAUGCUCUUAAUGAAAUUGUGCGCUGCGUCUGUGAGAUGGACGAGGAGAACGGCUUCAUGAUUCAGUGUGAAGAGUGCCUGUGCUGGCAGCACGGCGUGUGCAUGGGGCUGCUGGAGGAGAGCAUCCCCGAGCAGUACAUCUGCUACGUCUGCCGAGACCCUCCCGGUCAGAGAUGGAGUGCCAAAUACCGCUACGAUAAGGACUGGUUGAAUAACGGGAGAAUGUGCGGGCUGUCGUUUUUGAAAGAGAACUACUCUCAUCUCAAUGCCAAAAAGAUAGUUUCCACGCACCACCUGCUUGCCGAUGUCUACGGUGUGACGGAAGUUCUGCACGGGCUUCAGCUGAAGAUCGGAAUCCUGAAGAAUAAACAUCAUCCUGACCUUCACCUCUGGGCUUGUUCUGGGAAGCGGAAAGAGCACGAUCACGUAAUUGCUGGGUUAGAAAAAAAAAUCAUGGUGCAAGACACCGUUGAUGUGGAAGACAGGAAGGGUCAUGUGCAGAACCACAGAGAACCCCCUCGCGUGCCCCUAAAGACGGAAGGGGCGUACAUAACGAGCGAGCACAGCUACCAGAAGCCGCAGAGUUUUGGUCAAGACUGCAGAUCUGUCGCAGACCCUGGGAGCUCAGACGAGGAUGAUGUCAGUAGUUUUGAAGAAGAACAAGACUUCCCCGUGAGAGAGAAAACCCGUUUGCACUGCUCAGUAAAAGAAGACGGGAUCCCCGGAAAGAAUCCAGCUGAAAGGAGUGCGGUAUUUGUUUAUAAUGAUAAAAAGGGUUCUGAAGACCCAGGAGACUCACAUCUUCAGUGGCAGCUCAACCUCCUUACACACAUAGAGAAUGUGCAGAAUGAAGUCACCAGCAGAAUGGACCUGAUAGAGAAAGAAGUUGAUGUUCUGGAAAGCUGGCUUGAUUUCACAGGGGAGCUGGAGCCACCGGAUCCUCUCGCAAGGCUGCCCCAACUGAAACGCCACAUCAAACAGCUCCUAAUUGACAUGGGCAAAGUACAACAGAUAGCACCUCUCUGCUCUGUAUGACAGCAGCGAACACCUGACACAGAGAGCGUGGCUCUGUUCAGUCAGCUGAUCUUUAUUCCCACAUGGCUGCUAAGUGGAUAGAUAAGAAGCUUAGUGGUCUUUGGUCAUUUCCUGACUUGUGGCAUCAAUAGGAUGGCACCUUGGAACGGAAAAUGAACAUCUUUAUCAAGGAAGUUGAUAGGAAAUUUAUGAGCAGGAUCCAGAUGCUAAUAUGUCACAUGCCAAGGAUCAGUGGAGGUAGAAUAUAAUCUAUACUAAGGGAGUCAAAUUGGCAGGAUUUUUGAGUAGUUGCUCGCAUAAAACUCGAGAUACCUGUAGAAAGAAAUAUGGUGUAUUUAUAUAGUUUUUAGUAAAAAGAUCUAUGUUUAUAAACCAGCAUUUGGCCAAAAACAAAAUUGUAGGGGAAACUUAAAUUCUGGAGAGUUCUCUGAGAUUUCUGUGAGAACUGGCUUCUCUGCAGUUGAUCCAGCUGCACUGAGGUUUAGAGUAUUAAAACUUUUAUAGGAUCAUGAGCUGUUUCUUAGGUGAUAAAUGUCCUUAUCAGAAAACUGACAGCAGACGUCUCGUUUCUGAGGAAAACAGUUGUGGAAUUCUUGCUUCAUUAUGAAUAUCUUUAAAAACAAACAACGAAUGGAUUGGAAUUUAUUGCUGACAUUAUAAGGUCAUUGUAAAAACAGAAUGGCUCUCAGAAGGGUCACUGUGCCAAAUGCUGAUGAUACUGCUGGAAAGAGAAUUUUAAGCGCCGUGGGAAUUCUCUCACCGGAGUCUUACACAAGCCCAUCCGUGCAUCAGAAAUGCAUUUAUGUCACAUACACUAGAUAUAGGAUAUAUAGGGUCGAAUUUCCAUAUUCAGGUUCCAACAUACAGUUCGAUCCUGGAUAUGCUUGGUAUUUGCCUUCAGAAAAGAAAAAAAAAGAAAAUGUAAAUAACCUCAGCUGGGAUGAGGAGUGACAAAAAUAUUAAAAUAAUUUGUGGCUGUGGAUUUUUUUUAACUGCUGGUAGUGGAAUACUGGAAAAGCUUCAUUUCUGAAGAUGAAUUUUAUUUUUAAAAAAUACAUAUGCACUCAAACCUUGUAGCUUUGAUCACAAAUGGACAGAUUUCUGAAACCAAAGGCAACUAAGUUGCUGUGUUAGCUCUUGCUGGAUCUCAAGCCCAGGUCCCCCCGGCCGCCAGUGCUCUUGUGGUUGUGCGCCGCCCCAGUGCUCCACGCGCAGGUAUGCGAGAGUGUGUAUGCUUGUUUGAAACAGACACGCACCGUACAUAUGUACAUAACCUACACAUAUUUAUAUCUACACAUAUCUAGUUUUAUUACUAUAGACUCUAAGAAUUGGUGGUUAACAUGAAAUGUUACCUUUUACAGACAGUUUUUAAAAAUUAAAAAUGUAUGUACAGGUUUUGAAACUUUUUUAAAAGGGGGAAAAAAAGACUGUUAAGAGGAGGCUCUUUGAUGUCAUAUAACACUUGAAUAUUUUAUGCCUCAUUCUGUUUAUCAGUUCUAGCAAUCUGUAUAAAUGCAUUUUAGAACUGAUAGACAGUAAACUUGAAUUUAUCUUUGAUAAGAAUACAUGCCACUGUACAUUCAGAUAUUAUUUAAAUUUGCAAACACACUGUUCUAUAUGUAAGGUACUGUAUGUAAAACUCUUUAUUAAAACUAUUCCACAUA